AUGAACAGUUCACCUGUUAUCGUUGGUGGCAUGAGAACACCUGCCAGACGAAGACAGAGCACAGGAUCAGCAUCGAACAAUGCCAAGCCGAGAGGAAGUAACAGUGGAAAUAGUAAUAGUAUUGUGAAAUUCUAUGGAGAUGACUCACCAGGAUUUAAAUUAACCCCCCAAACGGUCCUUAUCUCUACAUUGAUCUUCAUGGCGACUGUAGUGAUAUUGCACAUUAUUAGCAAAAUUUAA